AUGUCCUCCCUGCCGGCCUUGGGCGACAUUUUCUCCGGAGUCGGCGCGCCCGAGGAUUUGACGAAGUACUUCGUGGAGACGUGCCAGCUCGGGGACAUCCACUCGUUUCUCGAUUACGUCGUCCGCAAGGAAUACGAAUCUGAGCUCCGGGACAUCGUGAAGGAGAAGUUCCCAGUCCAGGGGGAGUUCACCCUCGAGAGCCAGAGGCUGUUCGUGACGAAAGCGCGCGGGGACUACCGGCUGGCCUUGGAGACGGUGGCCACGGAGCAGCAGAAGGCCACGAAAGCUGAGGCUUCGAAGGGUGAGAGCGAGGACGCCGAGAAGGAGCUCGAUCCUGACACCCGGAAGCGCCUCAAGGAGACUUGGGAGGCGGUGCGCAAGUGGACCCCAGAUCGUUCCAUGAAGCCCGCCCCUGCUCUGCGCAAUCGCGUGUACAGGGAGUUCCACGGGCAGGUGAUGACCCUCCACAUGGUCGAGAAAGCGGUCACCAUCGAGGACGUCAAAAAGCCCUUGGAGAAGAAACAGGUCCCCCCUGGGACUGGUGCGGAUGAGAGGUACAACAAGCCAGCCAGCAAGCCGGUCGAUUCCACCCUCGGUUACGUGGCGGCAUUGCGCCUCCUGUUUGGGACCUACGCGUACUGCGGCACGCACGAGGUCCCCAGCAAGAAGAACUCCACCGAGAAGGUCACCUUCUUCGAUUGGGGUGUCGGUUUGGCGUAUUGCGACCAGGCGAUGUCCAGGACCCUGAAGGUGUCUAUCCCAGAGCACGCGAAGCUCCGUUGGUUGAGAGCCCGCGACGAGGCCACCAGAACGGAUAUGGCACAGUUGGUCAACGAGGGGUGGCCGGCUGGAGAGGCCUUGACGGAGGCUCUCAAGCGGGAGGCGCACUUCUGGCGCAUGAAGGAUGACACCGUGGCGCAGCCCGUCGAGGGGGACCAGCGCGAGCGUGUGCCCAAGCGUACCAGAGAGGAUCAUGAUGUUGCUGCUCAGGGUCGUGGUCGACCCAAUCGGAUCACCAUCGACAAAAACAGGCCGGGCGAGCGACGGCCGUGCCCGAAUCCACACAUUUCUCUUGCGGCGCCCUCCUCCGACGGCAUUUUCAUCGGCGCCCACAUCGAAGGCUACGGCGUCAUCCUUUUCACCGGCGUGGACGUCUUCGACGGGAGGUUCAGGACCUUCGCGGGCCCGUCGUUCUUCCUGGACUUCUUCUCCGGAACCGACUUCUGGCAGGAGGGCGCGGCUCAAGGGUUGGCAAGCCCACUGCGACGCGAAGCCAACCCGGCAGUUUCCGGCUCGUCCGCGGCUGCCCCGUAUGAUUUCCCUAACCGGCUGGCCGCCGCCAAGCCGAUUGUUUGGAGGGGCCGCGGAGAGUUGGUUUGUUUGCCAUGGGAGCGACCGUGCUCACAGCUAGUUCUCGUCAUUGACAUGUGGGCAGGCCUCUCUGGCUUGCUCGUCGCUGCGCUAUCGUUGGGGCUUCGAUGCAUUGCAGUUUCGGCGGAGGUUGACGAGGAGCUCCGCGCGGCCGUUGCCGCGUGCUUCCCGAACGUCGUGUCGGCGGAGAGCGUGGGUGACCUGCGCGGGGAACAGUUUCGCGCCGUGCUGUCGCAACGCUCAUUUGCGGCCGUUCUGAUUGGGGGUGGGCCGCUUCCUCCAGGCAGCGUUGGCUUGGACUCUCGCCGACGGGGCCUCGACGGUGCUGCAGCGGGGGCGCCGCGGGAAUUGCAGAGGCUGGUGUUGGAGUUGACCGAGGUCGCUGGGGGCGUUCCUAUCCUGUCUUUUCUUGAGGAUUCGGCCAGCUCCCCUGGAGCCGUCGUCCACGAAUACGGCCGCCUGGUAGGAGGCGGCUACGUCCACACCUUCGACCCGAUGCAGGUGGCAUCGGGGACCGGGCCCUCCGGUUUCCAUGCCUUCACUCGCGAGUUCAGGCAUCCGGUGGAUAGAAUCCACUUUGCGUCGCCGGAGGCGGCCGAGCGAUUCUUUCAGGGCGUUCGGCGAUUCCCAGCCGCGGCGUACGAACGGCAGAGCCUCCUGUGGAAAUGUGAGAAGUGGCGACCCCUUGAUCCAUCAGAGAGGGCACUGCUGCACGGCAUGCCUCCCGCUCUAGUCGAGGCGGUCGCGGUGGGCCAUGAGCAGGCGAGGGCAACUGCAAUGCGCAAUUCAGAAUUGGGCAACGGUGUCCACGUGCCCUCCCUCAUGGUGGCCCUGGUCCUCCUCUUCCAAUUGGCUCCUGGACUUCGUGCUGCUAGUCCUUCGCACUUGGCAUGCGCAGGCGAGGUCGCAUUGGCCCACAAGGUGAUCGGCACGCCCUUCGACGUCAGCGGCGCCAUGGGCGCCGAUUUGGAGUUCGGGGCGGCGCUGCGAUCCAUCUUCGGCCCGCGCGCCCAGAAUUGGAGGGAUCUUCAGCAGAGUGCGAUGCAUAGAGCGUUGAUGGCGUUGGAACCGGUGCGAGCAGCACCGGCGAAUAAGCGAUCUGCCGCGGCGCAGGCAGUGGCCCGCGACAGAGACGCGGCCGGCAUCGCCUUCCUCACUGCUCUCCUCAGGUGGCCAGACAGAUCCCAGGCCAUGGGCUAUUUGCACGGCUUUCCGGUGAUUGGAGACAUUGAGGCUUCAGGCGUAUUUCGCCCACUCGGCCCCCAGCCCACCAAGCACCUUGACGAGGUUUUCUUCGGUCAGGCGGCCGUUGCGGCGGUGGCGGAUCUGCGCUGCGGCCCACCCCCUCGAGACGCGGAGGAGAUCUGGAGGCUCGCGCAGGAGGAGAUCCACAAGGAUUUCACGGAGCCUUGGAGGACCGCGGCAGAGAUGGACACCAUGUUCGGCGUGGGCCGGUGGCGACCACUGCAUCGUUUCUUGGUGUGCCAGGCGGAUGGCAAGUUAAGACUCAUCGACAAUGGCCACCGAGGCCGGCAAAAUGAGUUUGCGGCAGUGGCUGAGACGAUCUACACGAUAGGGAUUGACACAGUGCCGUCCGUGGCCGCCUUGCUGGUGAAGUCCGUCCAGGCCGAGGCUCGACGGGCCGGGCGACCCGAACUGCCCUUUCCAGAGUGGUUCCGGCUGGACAUGGGCACCGACGACCUCCCCGACGCCUUCCGGGGCUGCCCAGUGCUCCCGGAUCACCAACGAGCGGUGGUAGUGGCAAUCUGGUCCCCGACGGAGAGAGACUGGAAGUUCGGAGUGAUGAAAGGAUGCCCCUACGGUCUGGGGUCGGUGGUGGUCGCCUUCAACCGCUCCCCGACAUUGACGACUGCUUUCCAGCGGCGCGUCCUGGGCCUCCUCACGGGAGCUUACUUCGACGACGUCUUGUUGAUGGACGUCUCCUGCUCCGCCCGCCGAGCCAAGGAGCUGCGCCAGUGGCCCUUCGACUGCCUACGCACCCCGCCGAAACGCACCAAGGCUUUCCCGACGCAGUCACAUCGUCCUUUUCUCGGGGCGGUGCUGGACCUCAGCACCGCGCAUGAAGAUGGCUUCGUCGUGGUGAUGCCCAAGGAGUCGUCACGUCGACUGGUCUGUGCUGAUAUUGAUGCGGCAGUCGCAGCGGCCUCCAUGUCAUCGGCACAGGCAUCGAAAACACGAGGGCGGAGCAGCUGGGUGGAGAGCAACAGCUUCGGGAGGAUUGGCCGGCUGGGCAUAGCGGUGCUGAAGGGGUUGCAGUGCAAGCAUCACGGUCCUUUGACCGCGGCGCAAACUCAGGCUCUGAAGUUUCAUCAGCACGUCGUGGCGCACGCCCCUCCUCGCCACGUCCAGGUGCUGCACCACCGCCGCGAGGUCGUCGUCAUCUACACAGACGCAGAGUGCGAGCCGGCCCGCCUCAGGGGCAGAGACGUGAUCUGGUUCGUGGACAACGAGGCUGCCGCGGCCGCUGGUAUCCGCGGAGGUUCGGGCGAGACCGAGGUGGACAUCAUGAUGCAGGCAGCGCACCUCCUCUGGAUGCACCUGGACUGCCGAGUGUGGAUCGAGUGGGUCGACUCGGCAUCUAACCCCGCCGACGGUCUCAGCCGAGACGGG